AUGUUCCUUCGUGCUUCUCUCCAUUUGGGGCUCAGUUUUGCCGUUUUCUUCUUACUUGAGUUCUUGGUAUCAAACCCGAAAAUUGCUCUUGCUCGUAAAGGCCAGAAGGUCGUAGCCCGUCAUGGAAUCGUGGCUACUGAUGAAACAGAAUGCUCUAAAAUCGGACGCGAUAUACUUCAACGAGGAGGCCAUGCCGUUGAUGCGGCUGUGGGGGCCACACUCUGCCUGGGGGUCGUCAGCCCAUCCUUCAGUGGUCUUGGUGGAGGAGGGUUUAUGCUGGUCAGGUCAUCUAAUGGCGAAGCAAAAGUGUUCGACAUGAGAGAAAUAACACCCGGACGAGCUUCCAAGGAAAUGUUUGAUCGGGACCUUUCAAAGUGGAAAACUGGUCCUCUGUCGAUAGCUGUGCCGGGACAGCUUGCCGGGCUCUACACGGCCUACAGGAAAUACAGAAAGCUUCUAUGGGAAUCAAUCUUGUCAUGGCUGACAAGGAGCUUAACAUUCGCCCCAAAUGGGGAGCUUUUGUUUCCCGGAAAACUCGUCCGAAUGGGAAAAUUGGCAAACACAUUGGAAGCCAUAGCGAAAUGGGGAAUGAACAUUUUCUACAAUGGGUCCAUGGGAGAGGCCCUGGCCAAGGAAAUUCAAAAGUUCGGUGGAAUAAUUACGAAAGAAGACUUCCAAAAGUAUUGGGUUGUUCAACGGAGACCUUUGGUGGCCCGAGUGAUGGGUUACAAAUUAGUGACGGUGCCGCCUCCUGCUUCAGGGGGUGCCAUGAUAUUUCUUAUUUUGAACAUUCUCGCUAAUUACAACUGCAAAAGUGCUACUAGCGUUCCCAUGUCGUUGGCUAUGCAUCGUCUUGUUCAGGCAUUUAAAUACGCCCUGGCUCAGAGGAUGGAUCUUGGAGAUCCUGCAUUUGUGAAUGUCACUUGUGUCUUGAAAAACAUGACCUCUAAAAGAUAUGCCCGGAAGUUGAAAAAUCUUAUAGACGACAACAAAACAUUUGAUUCUGCUCAUUAUGAUAGCAAGUGGAGUUCGGUGCACGAUCACGGGACAACCCAUAUUUGUGUGGUGGAUGAUAAACGUAAUGUUGUUUCAAUGACAUUAAGUCUGAACACACUAUUUGGGUCGAAACUGGUAUCACCAAGUACUGGGAUAUAUCUGAACAAUCAAAUGUACGAUUUUUCCAUCCCCAUAUCAACCGUCCCUCCACCAGCACCGGCCAAUUUUAUUCAACCAUUUAAGAGACCUUUGUCGUCAAUGGGGCCUACCAUUCUUCUGAAGGAUGGAAAGGUAAAGGCAGUGAUAGGUGCAGCCGGAGGUUUGCUAAUACCCGAUGCCGUGACGCAGGUGUUAAUGAAUCACCUAAAAUAUAGAAUGGAUACGUUUAGUGAGGUCAAGGCUGCAAGAUUUUACCACAAGCUAAAUCCGAAUGUGCUCUACCUUGAGAACUACACAUCAAGGUUUGGAGAUUACUAUGGAUAUAAUUCUAGCAUACAGGCCGAGUUGAGACAAAAGGGCCAUGCCUUGGAAGGGGCUUGUCGUUGGACAUCGUGCCAAUUUGUGAUUCAAAUGUUUAAAGGUGCGAAUGCUGGAAAACUCGUUGCUGUUAGUGAUCCGAGAAAAGGAAUGAAGCUCUGA